AAUAAAUAAGACUCAGAUAAAAUAAAGGUACAUUUUGGUCAUUACUAAACAUAUCAUAAUCUAAUUGGUACAUAUGUGGCAGAAUGCAACGCUCAUUAACAUUAGUCAUUGGUACGAGACUGAAAAACAAGUGCGAAUAUUCUAAAAAAAGUUGGCACGAACAUAUAGGUUAAAUAGAUAAGGCUGCGGAUAAUACGAACAGCUUCACGUUCAAAUGGAGAAUAAAGUGAUGGUUUGGAGCACGUUGAGUGGAUAAUGUUCAUCUUCCUGUGGCAUGCUCAACGUCACGAAACUGUCACACGUAGUCAUCAUCUCAUAUAUUUGCAUGUUGUGCUCAGGUCCAAUAAAGUAAUACAAAUAACGUGGAUUUUUCUGUCGAUUUCCUAACCUCCAUCUUGUGUACAUAUGUCGUCCUUCCUCUUCGAAUACGCGUCGCAAAUUAAACGCAGAUAAACCGUGAAUGAUAUUGCAAGUGAUAUUUUACCUUCAUUGCGUCGUUCCUUAUUUUAUUGCAACAUACCAUAUCUGUGUCUGUAACGAGAAUAAGAAGGGUGCAAAUUGAUAUUAAAUGUAGAGUAAUUUUUCGUCCUAGCCGAAAUUAACGUAAUUAGCGUUUUAACGACCAUCGGCCGGCAGUGCUGACAUACUUCUCGCUCUUAUAAACCUAUACUGCUAUUUUGCAUGGCCAUCUAAAUAUCGAGACAGAUAUCGAUACAGAUUAAUUUACGUUGCCAACUUCGUAUCAUACUAAACAUAUUUUGUAAAUCAUCAGGGUUGUGCGUCUAUAAUCCCCUCAGUUCAAAACUUAAUUUGCUCAUAUAAUUUUGUACUCACUUUCCAGAAGCUUUUAUUCGAAUGUAAAUUCGAAUGAAACGUUUGGUAAGAAGUUUUUGCAAAUAGAGGUUGUAUACAUGUUAAAACUAAAAGUAAGUUCAAAAGACCGCGACUGAUGUAUGCGGUUAUGUUAACGUAGAGCAAUCAACGUUACGAAUAAAAUAUAAAUUAUGCCGCUUAAUUUUCAUUAAUGCGAUUAGCACAAGGUGAAAAGAUUGAGAUCGUGUUAGUUUUAUACCACAGAGAUAUUUUUCUUUGAAUUUGCAACCGUUAAUAUUGUAGGAUAUGAAUUCGGCCGCAGUCUGAUUUUCUCGAUGCUGUACAGUCUAUAGGAAGAAAUACAACUUAUAAUGCAUAUAAGACCACACGUAUUGCAAAUAUUAUUGAUUUUGUGCAUUUUUCAAAACGGUAAGAAAUGUAUUGCGAUCAAAUGUUAUCAGUGUAGUAGUAAAAAGGAUCAGGAUUGCACGCUUAACAAAGUACAUUUUAAAUACCUGAAACUGUGUCCAUCGAGUCAUCUUUAUUGUCGUAAAGCCGUUUACGUGUAUUAUUUUAUGGAUUCGCAUAACGGCCUAACAAUGCGCGAAUGCGCGAAAUCGCGUAACAGCCAAAAAGAGUGUUAUCGGGGACGCUACAGUCGAGAUAGUUAUCAACUUAUCUGCGAAUGCGUAGGCUACGGAUGCAAUCGAUCACAUAGAUGUUCAUCCAGCUUCGCUGUCUACUUUCUGUGUACGCUUUCCGUGAUGGUUGAUUACUAUAUUACCAGGCGAUGCGAUUGAAAUCGAUCAGCCACUGAAGGGAGCGACCAUAAGUUUCGUGAAUUCUAAUAUAUACGCAACGUCAUACAACGAAAGGAACGACGUAGAACGUCGAUGACGUUAAAGGCAACGCAGACGGCAGAAGCAAAAAGUACAGCAAGACCAGUGACGAAUAAUUGUCCGUGCAAAGGGCAUGAGGAAUGGUGGAAAGCAAAAGUUAGGGUAAAUUAAAUAAAAAAGGAAACAAGUGGAAAACGUUUUCUUCUCUCUAUGAAAUUUUCUUUGUGGUAGCUAAGCUGAAAAUCGAGGACUAGGCAAACGGCGUCACUGGCGUCACCGCGGCGCGGUGUGGCGCGACGUUACGACGCUCCGACAGGCGCCGCGGCGCCGACCCGCCACGCUGGCCAUCUCUCCCCUUUUUCUCGUCCUUCUCUUCUAACUCCGUUUUAUCUUGCAUGCUCCAUUGAACGCGUAUAACACACUCAAUUUCGAUUAAUGACUACUUUUAACAGUUGCGAAUUCACAAUAUUUACAUUUAACGAUGUUUACAUUUAACGUUGACUCAUUAUGCUCGAUAUCGAUAUUUUGAGUUUUAGACUCAGACGACAUAACUUUUCAAUGCUAUUUUGCCAUAAAAGUGAACAUUUUACCAAUUUAUUAAAUCGAAUUGAUUAUUGUUUCGAAUGACACGACAGGGACAAGGCACGAAAGCUUGCUUCUGGGAUGGUUCACCAAG